AAGGUGGUGGUGGGCAGCUACAUGGGGAUGCUACGGAUAUUCUCCCCACAUGCCAACACCAAGACCAGCGAGGGAGGUCCUGCCGAGGCCCUGCUCCUCGAAGUCCAGCUUCAGAACGCCAUCAUCCAGGUGGAAGUGGGCAAGUUUGUCUCGUGUUCGGACCUUCUUCAUCUGGCUGUUCUUCACCCCAGGAAGUGUUCCAUCUUCUCUGUUUCAGGCACUGCAGGCAACGUGGAGCACGGUGACCAGUACCAGCUGAAGCUGGUUUACGAGCACAAUCUGAAGAGGACCGUCUGCAACAUGACCUACGGCCCCUUUGGAGGCGUCACGGGUAGGACUCGACAUUCAACGCUUCUUUAACGAGAGGGAAACACAUUUCUGUUUAUUCAUUUGCUUACGGGACAGUGCACAUUAAUCAACAUUUCAGUUUCCACCUCAAUGUACAUGAUUACAUCUGUCGUCCCUGGGCAGGUCUUUACUAUAAUGGUGGCCUAAUAUUAUGAGUACAAUUCAACAGCAAACACUACAGUACAACACAAUAGAAUACAUGAAUACAUGAGACAUUGUAGGUUCAGUUUAGGGCGAGGGUUGGUGUUCAACAUUUAGUUGAGAUGUUUAAGAUUUGGGGCAAGAGAAUUCAUCAUGUCAGCGUCCUCACAAGUGUACAAGUACAAAUGUGUGUACUUGUGUGAACAUCUGUGCAUGUGCCGUGGCAAACGUGGUAAUUGGUAUAAACUAUAAAAAAGUCUCUAAGAGGAGCGAA